AUGGCGACGGCGAAGGCGGUGGCCGCAGCGGUGAAAGCAACGGCCGGCAGAAUUCCGCGCCGCGCGCGGCUUUCCUUGAAGAACCCGCAGAUUAAAGCGUAUGCGCAGAUGCUCGAGUCGCAGCAGACGCGGAUCGCGUCGGAAGUGGGCUUGGCUUGGAACAAGAUGGUUCACAGCUACAAGCACACAUCCAAUGGCUUCUCCGCGAUGCUCACAGCAGGGCAGCUGCGGCGGCUGAAGCGCCACCCCGCCGUGGCGUCCGUGCGCCCGAGCAUGCCCAAGCGCCUCUUCACCACUGACUCGCCCACCUUCCUCGCCAUGAACACCACCGCCGGGUCGCUCUGGCCCGCCAAUGGCGGGCAGGAGGAGGCGGGCGACGGCAUGGUGAUCGCGAUCGUCGACUCGGGCAUCUGGCCGGAGCACCCGUCGUUCAGCGACAAAGGAUUCUCCUCGUCGCGGCCCGCUGGGUGGUCGGGGAAGUGCGACGCGACGGGUGAAUUCAAGUGCAACAAUAAGGUGAUUGGAGCGCGCGCGUUCUACCAGGGGUUUAAAAGCACCCACCGGAUGGACUUCUCUGGUGAUUGGCUGUCUCCUCGCGACGCCAACGGCCACGGCACGUGGUGUGCAGGAGCGGCAGCGGGCAAUAGUGGAGUGGCCAUGGCGGGGGGCACGGCGAGCGGCAUGGCGCCGGCAGCGCGCGUCGUGGCCUACAAGGUCUUCUGGACGUCCAGCCCUCACGAUCCACACUCGUUGAACGGCCAGGAGGCAGAGGAGGCGGAUGUCAUCGCAGCCGUUAAUCAGGCGGUGGCGGACGGUGUGGAUGUGAUCUCGCUCUCCCUGGGCUUCGUGAACCCGAAAGACACCUACUUUGACGACAUCGCCUUCCUCAACGCCAACCUCGUGUGCCCCUCGCCUCAACCUCUCAUUUUUGUCUGUGCCGCUCUCGCCCGUGCCACUCUCGCCCGUGCCACUCUCCCCUGUGCCGCUUUAGCUUCAAGGAUUCCUGCUCCCCUUCCUGUCCCCCUUCUCUCCCCUCCCUCCUCACCUCCCUACUCCCCUCCCUCCUCCCCUCCCUCCUCCCCUCCCUCCUCCCCUCCCUCCUCCCUUCCCUCCUCCCCUCCCUACUCCCCUCCCUACUCCCCUCCCUACUCCCCUCCCUACUCCCCUCCUUCAUCUCCUCCCUCCUCUCCUCCCUCCUCUCCUCCCUCCUCUCCUCCCUCCUCUCCUCCCUACUCCCCUCCCUACUCCCCUCCCUACUCCCCUCCCUCCUCCCCUCCCUACUCCCCUCCCUCCUCCCCUCCCUACCCCCCUCCCUGCUCCCCAAUUGUCUCUCCUCCCUCCUCGGUGUCCCGCCCUACUUCACGCGGGGGUGGUGGUGACCUUUGCUGGGGGAAACGCGGGCAGCCCUGGGUUGUCUCGCUCGAUGGCCAACUACGCACCCUUCUACCUCACAGUGGGCGCCAGGUUCCCCCUUGUCCCCCCAACCUCCACUCCUCCCAUGUCUCCCCAGCCUCCUCCCUUGUCCCUCCAAUCUUCCCACUCCUCACUGCAUCCCCCGACCGGUCCCCUCUAAACCUCUCCGCAUCUCCCUGCACCACUCCCCGCUCCUCCCCACUCCUCCCCACUCCUCCCCGCUCCUCCCCACUCCUCCUAGCUCCUCCCCACUCCUCCCCACUCCUCCCACAGCACCAUCGCCCGGGGCGGCCUCACUCUCGCCAGCUCAGCAGGCGCAUCCGAAUCACCGUCAUCCACCAAUCAGACGUCACCCUCCACACCGUCAUCCACCAAUCAGACGUCACCAUCCACACCAUCAUCCACCAAUCAGACGUCACCCUCCACACCGUCAUCCACCAAUCAGACGCCACCCUCCACACCAUCAUCCACCAAUCAGACACGCCACCCUCCACACCAUCAUCCACUAGUCAAACGUCACCCUCAGUUGAUCCCUCCACCACUCCCUCUACCACACCUGCCACCACACCUGCCACCACACCUGCCACCACACCUGCCACCACACCUGCCACCACACCUGCCGCCACACCUGCCACCACACCCGCAGCCACACCCUCACCCGGCGAAUCCGCCCCAAAGGUCGCCGAUUUCUCCUCCACGGGCCCCCUCGCCUUCCCCACCGCCGGCCCCGGCAACGGCCAUGCGAACGACUGCAUCUUAAAGCCCGACAUUCUCGGCCCGGGCGUGGAUCUCUACGCUGCUGCCCCGGGCACGCGCGUGGGCGACAAGGGCGGGUCCGCUCAGCUAUCCGGAACGUCCAUGGCGACUCCUCACCUGGCAGGGAUUGCAGCUCUGGUGAUGCAGAAGUACCCCUCUUGGAGCCCCGCGCAGGUCAUGUCUGCCAUCAUGACAACAGCUACAACCAAGGAUGUCAACGGCGCUGCUAUCUCUAGUAAACGCACUAAGAUAGCCGCCACGCCGUGGGAUAUGGGCAACGGGCAUGUGUUCCCGCCCAAGGUUCUCGACCCCGGGCUCACAUUUGACGCUCGGAAGAGCGCGUAUCUGAGUUUCCUGGCCGGGCUGGACAUGAAGAGGACCCGGUCAGAGUACCCGAAAGAAAAGCUCACCGCUGUGCCGCCUAGAGAUCUCAACCGCCCCACCAUUUCAGUGGCGCCCCUCAAAGGCUCGAUCACAGUCACACGCACCGUCACCAGUGUGGCUGACUCUGCCUCCACUUACACUGCCAAGAUUGAGAAGCCUCAAGGGGUGGAGGUGACAGUCAAACCAAGCAGCUUUGCCAUCUCGCCUGGUAAGAAGGUCAGCUUUGUGGUGACUUUCAAGGUUACUAAAACCUCGGAGGACUUUCAGUAUGGGAGCCUCACUUGGGUGUAUGAGAAGGGUCACUCUGUGCGGUCCGCCAUUGUAGUCAAGCCUGUGGGGAAGUGA